UAGCCUCGCCAACCUUGGGGAAACCCUUGGGGAUCCUUUGUUAAGCAACCCCUAAUGUGGACAAAACUAAUGGCUGAUUAACGCCGAUAGGAAGGCAUUGUCAAGAUUUCCUCUGGGAGUUCCAAGUGCGUGGCUUGAAUGGAACCCUUUCAGUGCGAACCACAUUCCACAUCGAGUCUCCUAGAAUGCGCUACGGCUGGCACAUACUUCUCUUUCAUCUUCUGGCUACCACGGGAUCCUCGGCUUCAGCGGAGGACUCGGGACUGGCGGAUGCCCUGGUCCAGGUGGUGGUGGAUUCCGAGAUGGGUCGCUUCAAGACGUUGUACGUUUACACCCAGGUGACUGCUCCGGCGGCGAGUUGGCAUAUAGAAGAGCUACUAAGCCAGCUGUUGGUGCGCCUGCCGGCCACUCUGCUGGCUCGUCGGGUGUUCCAUCGUCAGGCCAUGGAAUACAAGCCGUAUGUGCACGGCGUCCUGCUACUGGUGGACGACUUGCCGGCGCUGGCAGAGAUUUAUGGCGGCAUUCGUGCCACCCAGGAUCUGUCGCACACCCUCGUCUACAUGUCCCUGCCCACGGAUCCGUUUGGCGAGGAGGUGGAUCUGGCUCUUCAGCUGCUCUGGCGCCUCAGUGUCCUGAACGUGGGCCUGAUCCUGCGUCCACCAGGUGGCAGUCAGUUCGUGAUGCUUAGCUACUUUCCCUUCAGCGCCACUCACGGCUGUCAGGUCAUCUCCGCUAGCGUGGUGAACCGCUUCCAGAUGGCCGAGGGCAGGUGGUCAUCCAGGGACUACUUUCCCGUGAAGCUGGGCAACUUCCACGGCUGCCUCCUGACCUGCGCUACUUGGGAGGACAUGCCGUACUUAGUAUGGAGGCCUUCCGAGGGCGGCUCUGGGCCAGGAUCUGUUACAGGUUCGAGCUCCGGCUCCUUCGUGGGCAUCGAGGGCGCCCUUCUCCAGUUCAUGGCGGAUAACUUGAACUUCAGCGUCGGCAUCUACUGGAUGAGCAAGGACGAGGUUCUGGCCACCUUCGACGAGUCGAGUAGCAUCUUCGACGAGAUCUUUGGUCAGCACGCUGACUUCUCGCUGGGCGGCUUCCACUUCAAGCCCAGUGCCGGGGCGGAGAUUCCGUACUCCCAGUCCACGUACUACUUCAUGAGUCACAUCAUGCUGGUAACCAAUCUCCAAAGCGCCUACUCCGCCUACGAGAAGCUUGCCUUCCCCUUCAGCCCACUGCUUUGGCGCAUCAUGGGAGUGGUCCUGAUCCUGGCCUGCCUGCUCCUGAUGGCGUGGCGAUGCUGUCGCCGAAGACAGAUCCUGGAGGACCCGUACUACCACCUUCUGGUGCUGACCAUGGGAGGAAACCUGCCGGAUAGACUGCUCCCGCGGCGAUUUCCGGGGCGGCUGGUGCUGCUCACCUGGCUCCUGGCCAGCCUGGUCCUGCGGAGCGGCUACCAGUCGGGCAUGUACCAGUUGCUGCGCCAGGACACCCAACGGAAUCCGCCCCAGACGAUCGCCGAGGUCCUGGCACAGCACUUCACCAUCCAGCUGGCGGAGGUUAAUGAGGCCCGUAUCCUGGCCAGCCUGCCGGAGCUGCGCCCCGACCAACUGGUGCACCUGGAGGGCAGUGAGCUGCAGUCGAUGCCUGCACUGGCCCGCCAGAGCGGCUCCUCCCAGCGGCUGGCCAUCCUGACGCCAUACGAAUACUUCGGCUACUUCAGGAAGGUGCACCCUAUGAGCCGAAGACUGCAUCUGGUACGGGAGCGCAUCUACACCCAGCAGCUGGCGUUCUAUGUGCGCCGCCACUCCCACCUGGUCGGCGUUCUCAACAACCAGAUCCAGCACGCCCAUGCCCAUGGCUUCCUGGAGCACUGGACGCGCCAGUACGUCAGUGCCGUGGACGAGGCGGACGAGAGUGUGGCCAGGAUCGCCUCCACCUCGUACAGCACUCUGGACGGCGACGACGGGGACCCCAGGCUGUCGGAGGCGGAGGAGCAGCAGGUGGCCCCCACCCGGAACAAUGUCCUGUCCAUGCGAGAGCUGGCCGCUCUCUUUUGGCUCGUCCUCUGGGCGAAUCUGGGGGCGAUAGUUGUUUUUGUCCUGGAGGUCCUGGCAGCUAAUGGAUGUUUUCGUUCGUUUCAAAUAUUUAAGAAUACA